AUGAUGGUUGAACAACAACAAACGCAAAAGCCCGCACCUACCGCUACUAGCAAUGGAACCGUAGCUAUGAUCAAGCAGGAGCCCAUUAAGACCGCCAAUUCUCCUUUGGCAAACGUUAUGACGAACAACAAUAACAUGAGUAGUACGAUACCAAACGUUACGGUAAAGACGGAGAAGGAGAAGAUAGUCAAGUCUGUACCGGAUCUUCCUCCUGAGGUGCUACAGUACGCGCCACUUCUUGUUGGCAAGUACUAUAUUCAAGAUAAACGUGCAAUGUGGUCCGGUAUGUGGGGUAUGAAUGAAGCGGCGUUUGGACCCAAAGGUAUCAUCAGUACCUUUGAGAUGAAGUCGCAGGAAGAUGUAUCGAUUCCCUUGUGUUCGGGUGCUGCAGAUGUGGUGCACCCGGCGAUGUCGGCCUUCGCACUUGCACGGUCGUCCCAGACGACAAAUGUUGCUGUCAGUGAAGUAUCACCGGUGUUUAUGGGCUAUGAAACGGAUGCGAAUGUACGGUCGAUGAUGCCUUUCCAGGGCAAGUACAGAGGAUCUUUCCAAAUUCAAGCGAUAAAGGGCAAACACCAAAUUGUAACGGAGGAUGAUGUGGAGAUUCGGUUCGUGCACGAUGUAAGCAAUCCGUUGCAGUUCAUCGUUUCUGGAUCGGGCGAGAACCGUUUUGGUCAGUUUACGCUGCAUGGUUUUUUGGAAAAAGAGACAAGUGAACUGCGACUGUAUAAGGUCUAUAAGCCUAAGGAACCGGUAAAGCGGACUUUUCCGCGACGUGGGAGAGCGACGCGGGCGGUGACACCCGCGGCAAAACGUGAAGUGAAGGCAUUGUCUAUCUCUGCGCCAGGCGUUGCUGCCAUUACGGCGUCUGCAGAUGUCGCUAACGUUGCGACCCCUCUUGCUCGUCCGACUAUCGUUGUUCCACGUAAGGUUGGCACGCCGAUGUCGGACUAUUCGUCUCCGUCGUUGGUGUUGGGCCGCGCGGAGCGAAAGCGAUCUAUUCCUGCGCAUCUGCGUGAAGAUAAUGUACUCGAGUUUGAUCACGCUCCGGUGACCAUGAAGAAGUGCCUUAGUGUACUUAAGGGCCUGAUGUCGAAUCCCAAGUCGGCACCUUUUCGGAUCCCCGUCGAUCCUGUAGCCUUGGGCAUUCCAGAUUAUUUUCACGUAAUCAAAGAGCCGAUGGAUCUUGGAAGCAUCCAGAACAACCUGGAGGCUGGACUUUACGAUAGCCCUAACGACUUUGCAGACCAUAUACGACUCGUAUUCCGGAAUGCGAUGCUUUAUAAUGCUGCACACAGUCAAGUAUACAUAUACGCAAACAAGCUUAUGGACGACUUUGAAAAGCGUUUCCGAAGUCUUCAUUCGAAGCUUUCAAUGAAAAGUAAACACUCGGAUUUGAAAUUGAAAAAGGACAGGAAACCCGAUGUGAUUCACUCUAUGAAGAAGAUUAGAGGAGGCAAGGGUACAAAAGGUAACACUAAGCGACAUGGGUCUAGCGAAGAGACUGGGUUGAUUAUGUCAUUAAAGGAAGAUAUUGAACGCCUGAAAGCGACGUUAGAGCAGCUGCAGCCAGGUGUUAAGCCUGCAAAGUCUGCUACCAGACCGUUUAGAAUGGAAGAUUUGACAGAGGAGGAGCUGAAUGAGCCCAUGAGUCAGAUGGACAAGGCUCGAUUGAGCUCUGACAUUAAACUACUCCCACAGGACAAAAUCAAUCGUGUCCUACAGAUCAUCGCCGAAGCUGUUCCGGUAGCAAAGCUGGCCAACGAAAACGAUGAAGUAGAGUUAGAUAUCAACGCUUUCGACACCCGGUGCUUGCGAAUGCUGGAAGGAUAUGUUAGGGAAAACGGGAUUGGUCGCAAGCGAAAGCGUCCUACUAAAAAUACCAAAAUGGCGCCAGCUGAAAAGCGAUUGAAGUCUGCCGAGGUGGCAGCUUUGAAUAUCCGGCACCGCCAGGAAGAACUGAAGAAUCAAUUGGCUGCAAUUGACAGAGGUGGUACCAGUGUAGCGCGUACGACACCUUGGGGAAAUGGCGACCGACAUUCAGACCGAGAUAUUACGAUGAACGACGUAAGCACCGACACUGGAGCUGGUGCUGUAAAGAGAGAUGGCGACAGCUCUUCCAGUUCAUCGAGCUCUUCCGAGUCAUCAGACUCGGACAGUGAUAGCGAUAGUGAAUCCGACUCGGACGAUGGCGGCGCUCCUCUGCAAAGGUCCCCUCCGCUCGCAAGUGCCCCAAAUUUGUCACAGCUCGACCCUUCCGCCUCGGCUCAUGCUGUCGAUGUUACUAAGAAGAUCCGCGAUGAGCAGCUGUCAAGCUCAGAGCCUCUUCGUGUAGAAAACCGCGGGGCUUGGAGUAUGCUGGCCAAGAAAGAAACGUCUAAUGGAACGCCUCUAGUACACUCUAAUGGUAGUAGUGAAUCGAGCUCGUUGUGGCUAUCUGCGCGUUCGAUGGAGCAGAUCAAGCAGCAGAAACUGCAGCAAAAGGAGAAGGAGCGCACAGAUGAACUGGAAGCUCUGAAACGCCGUGAGGCCGAGCAGCGUGAGAAGGAGAAGGAGCGCGAGAAAAAGAAGGAGCGCGAACAAGCCGAGCGGCGGAAGCUAGAGCAGCAGGCGGUAAGGCUGGCUGAAGAAAAACGUCUUCGAGAGGAACGUGUCCGCGAUGCCGAACGCGUGCGCUUUGCCCAGCUUGCGAUGGAGCGUGAGAAGUUGGCCCGAGACGACGAUGUCGAGCUCCACGACGCCACGCUGAGCGAAGAUCUGGAUGCAUUCAGCUCGUCCUCAUUUUUGUAA